AUGGAAGCAAAUUCACUAGAUAAUUCAUUUUCUAAUUUAAUCAUGUACAAGAGGGAUUUUCAACCAUACAAUCAAGAUCCAUACAUUACUGGAGGUGGAUUAGCGUAUGGUAUUCUAUGUACAUUUUCCCUCUUCUUAAUGAUCACACUCUCUAUAAUCUAUGGACGUCUCGAAUACAACCGAAUCUUUGCUUAUUUUUGCGUAUCAAUGGUUGCUUUAUAUAUACCACAUGUUCUUGGUGCAUGGAUAUUCGGUGCUAAUUUACGUCGUGCUUCUACUACGUUCUGCUGGAUUCAGGCAUUAUGGAUAAAUGCAUCGGGUAUUGCCGCAGGUCUUUCAGUAUUAAUUUAUUCUUAUGAAAUAUAUAGAAGAAUAGUAUGUCAUACGACUGAUGGAGAAUGGAAACGGAGGAAAUAUUACACUGCAAUAUGUAUUAUUUUUCCUUUGUUGGUUGGAGUCAUUCCUCCAUUUUUGAUUGCUGAAAGACCUGAUGGAAUUGCACCAGGUCCUUAUUUUUGUAUGCUUUACGAACCAUCAAUACCUAUGGCAUUGGUCAGCGUUGAAGGUUGGAAUACUUUAACGAGUAUUUUCGGGAUUUACUUUUCAAUGAGAACUGUAAUUGAGGUUAUCGCGCUUUCCUAUACUUAUGAAGAGUCCGAUAAGACACCUCAACAUCAAUUAAACGCUGGGGCACAAGAUUUUGAUCACGAUCUAAAUUCUCCAACAAGCAUAGCCACGACGAAUCCCCGUUUUUCAAAUAUUACAGAUAAUGGUAUAGUGAGUUUUUAUAAUCCAAAUAGUACAGCGGAAACUAAUUCAACGCGUACUACAUCAUCGAUACCGGUAUAUGUACUUUUACGCUUGAUCCUUUUUGCUCUUUUGUACUGUGGUAUUACUAUCUUGAGUUAUGGUCGAGAUUUAUAUCUUAGUAUCCGAGGAAUAGAGUAUGACCGUGUCAAUCCUUCAUAUUUGGAAUAUGUAGUUGCAUUAUUAGGUAUAGUAAUAUUUAUCGUAUUUGGCACUUCAAUAGAAGCUUGUAAAGCAUAUUGGCGUUUCCUUAAAGCGUUCUUAAGUUUUCGAUGGUUAAAACGUCGUAAAGAUAGCUUUGGGGAUUGGGAACCAGGGAAUGAAUAG